GCAUGUUCGAGCUAAGCCUUUGUUUUGCACGUCUGUGUUGUUUUGUUUUUGGCUGAUCUUGCAGAAAACACACAAAACAACCAAGAUGGAAUCCAUUAGUGGAGUUGAAAGAGAAAUUGAUAAAGUGUUAUCAAAAUUCAGUGGCGUUAAUGAACACGCAGACAGAGUACUACAAGAUCUAGCGAGAAACAUAGAGUCACUAAAGAAUGAAUUAGAUAUCGUUCCACCAGAUCAGGAAUUGACGGCUGCUCAGGUAGUGAUACUACGACAAACAAUGAACAAGAUCCGAGAAACAGUACAUAGAAUAGCUUCAGAACACCGAGAUCUACACAGCACAGUGUCCAAAGUAGGAAAAGCUAUUGAUAGGUCUUUUGUAGCAGAUUUUGCCUCAACGAGUCGGGAAGAUGUUUUUUCUGGAUCAGACAAAGUGCAACUGUUAAACCAAGUGAUAUGUCAGCACUUUUAUAGACAAGGAAUGCUGGAUAUAGCAGAUGAACUGGCUCAGGAGGCUGGUUUAAAAAUGGAAGAUGGUGGUAAGGAACCUUUCUCAGAACUCAACAGAAUCCUUGACUCACUGAAGCAGAGAGAUCUAGGCCCAGCUCUGGAGUGGGCUCAGUCACAUCGAGAGAGUCUGGACACACAAAACUCGUCAUUAGAAUUUAAGUUGCAUCGUCUGCAGUUCAUUGACUUAAUACAACGAGGACAAGCCGGCCAAGCUGAGGCAAUCCAUUAUGCACGCACCCAUUUCCAGCAGUUCAUUAAUAAACAUGAGAAAGAGAUUCAGAAUCUUAUGGGAAUGUUCCUAUACCUGCCACAUGGAAUAAAUUCCUCCCCCUACAGUCACCUUUUGGAUCCAAACCUAUGGGUUGAGAUCUAUGAUGUGUUUACCCGUGAUGCCUGUUCGCUGUUGGGUCUGAGUGUGGAUAGCCCCCUGUCUGUCUGUAUAAAUGCAGGUUGUACAGCAUUACCAGCCCUCUUAAAUAUCAAACAAGUGAUGCAGCAGCGACAGGUAACAGGAAUCUGGAAUGGAAAGGAUGAACUACCAAUUGAAAUAGACCUGGGGCAGGACAGUCGGUACCACUCUAUGUUUGCAUGUCCUAUACUGAGACAGCAGAGCACCGAGUCGAAUCCUCCUAUGAGACUUAUCUGUGGACAUGUGAUUUCACGUGAUGCCCUCAAUAAACUUAGUAAUGGCAACAAAUUGAAGUGCCCAUACUGUCCAGUUGAACAGAAUCCAUCAGAUGCUAGGCAUAUAUUCUUCUGACUGCCCAUUCUACUUCCCUGCCAGUAGGUGUCUUAGUGUCUUCUUGUACUUCAUUUACAUUUGUGGUGGACAUAUUAUGUAGAAUUGAUUACCUUAACAGUAUGAGUGGAAUGUGCCAUCUACAGUACUUACAGUGCACUGAUUGUAAACAAACAAAUACACACAUGGAAAGAUAACAGAUUCCUUGCACUUGAAUUUGUUCUGUUCUGAUGUGUAUCAUGUAAACAGUGAGGUAGAAUGCUUGUUCAAAGGAAUGUAUGAUUAAGUGGUAUGUCUGCACAUUUAUGAUUCCUAUCAGGCAUUCAAACACCUUAGUUACCAGAAUACAGCUUGUGAGAAUUCCACAUUCAUCAGAAUUUUCAUAAAGUGAAUUAACUGAAUGUAAAGGCUUUUCUAAUAUUUUCCCAUAUACUUUUUUCUCGGCUCUGACGUUCAUCCUUUCUUCUCAUUAUCAUUUCUAGUUUUAUGUUCCUGUCUAUCUUAAUACUAGUCUUCUAAAUAUCAUCACUGUGACGUGGACCAUCUUUCUAUCCCAUCUACAACUGGCAUAUCACUGCAUUCUCACUACAUGUAAAAUUUCCUUUCUAGAACUUAAGCCUGCCUGUCUUUAUUUUUCAUUUCACUCUUCUCAUUUUGAAUGCUUCUUAGGAAUUUCAUUUUUGUGAUCCCAUAUCAACUACGAUCUCAUUGUGUUUGUAUGUGUGAAAAUUUGACAUAAUUUCAUUUUUUGCUUAGUGUGCUUUCACAGGUUCAUAGUCUCACUUUGCAUCUAAUGAGUUUGUGUUUAUGUUAAUGGAUUCUCAGUCUUUUCCUGUCUUAUCACAAAUUUGUCUAAUUUUUAUACCUUUUUCCCUUUGACUUAAAUGUAAAUAUAUAGUAAUAAAGUUUCCAUAAGGAGAAGUUAUUUUUCAGAA